AUGUCAAGGCUGUCAAAUUACUCAGACGCGGUCGUCGGCUACAACAAGUGGAGUAAGAAUGCUUCUUUGCAGAAUCAAGUAUCCCAUGCUGAGUACCUCACCCUCAGAGCAAUUUACGGGAAGAGCUCGGACCCCGAUAACUCUGGGUUCUCUUAUUCCACCCGCCUUGCCAAUGCCAUCCCUACCCUCCAUCAAGAUUUCUUCUGCUCACAGUUCUGGAGGUGGUUCUGCAUCCAACGUCCUAUCCUUGAUGCCGCCGAGUUUUCAUCGAGGUUUCUAUCACACCAGAAGGGCGAACGUACCCUUGGCCCCGAGGGUGGCAUUAUCACCAUGCUUCUUGCCACCUGGGCCUUCUCUUAUGGCCUCAAUGAGCGUGGCCUUCCCAUCGAUGAACCCGAGUCCCAACCCUCCCCGGCUUCUCCGACGUCUCCGUCAACAGAUGGGCCAUCUAAUUGCAGCACAAGUGACGGGACGAAACCCACCCAUCGGCCACCAAAAAGCAAGGAGAAGUUCGACCAAAUGGUCCAACAAAUCCUGGACCUCGUCGAUUACCAUGGAAUCAUGCGACGGCCCACUCUGGAUGGAGUCCGAGUCCUGCUCUUGCUUCUGCCUCUUUUGGAAGAUACGAAACCUUUUGAACGCAUCGUGAUUCACGACACCGCGAUGUCACAGAUCCAAACAUUGUGCACCCUCGCGCCUUCCACUGCCCAUCCAGCCCGUCCACUACCAGACGACGCGUCUACUCGUGCGCGUCUCUUCUGGUAUGCCUACACCCAAGAAGGCUUGUCCACAGGCCUACGAGGUGGACGUUUUAACUUGCACAGCGACGAUUAUGAUGCAUUCCAGCUCACGCUUCCUUCUUACCGUGGUGGUCUGCCGUCUCCGCCAUCCCCGACGUCUAUCCAGGGCGGCUCGUCAUCGUUCUCAACAGCUCACCAGGAUUCCCAGGCGCUCAGCCGAUUGGUCAGCUCAUCCACCCUUCCUCUGCAGAUUAAUGCGGUCUGUCGGCGGAUACACUCUGUUUUGACGGGACCGAAGGCUGCUAGAAGGGCGGACGAGCACAAUUUGGUUGACGCCCAUGGUAUGCGCGAGAUUUGGCAUGAUCUCGACCAGUGCUGGAGGGAGCUCAGCGUAAUACGGCGUAACGCCGCGAGUAACGAGGAUCCCGCUAGCCGGUGCGACACCGAACGCUACGCAUGUGCAUGGCAGAUAUUCAUCUUUGAAUGCCACAAUGUUAUCCGGGAAAGUCUAAAGCAAUAUAUGUCUACGGCCUCACGAUCCCCAUUCUCUUCUUCUCGACCAUCAUCUCAUUCGUCUGGUUCUUCGCCGUACCUUCCUCCCGAUCACCUCCACCUCGUGGCGACUCGCAACUGCUUGGCUUUGCUUCCCAAAGUCAUUAAAAUCAUGCAAUUUUGCGUUACCAACUCGACCUACACCGACAGAUCCGGACUCUUUACCUGGGAUUCUGGUUUGGUGCGCGAUGGGUGCUUCUAUGCAGGAUAUUUGGCAGCUUCCACGGAUGCAGAUGUCCUAGAAGCCCCGCUCGAUGCUCAGGCCUCGGAAAGGGAUGGACAUGAUCUCCCUUCGUCGCCGCUAACGACAGACGAGGCAGUCAUGAUUUGUCUCGCCGUCAUGUCGAGCAAGAGGUGGUUGUUCUCGAAGAGCGAUGAGCGGGAAGAGACGAUUCGCAUGAUCUGGGAAGCUCGCAAGGCCAAACGCCACGGUCAACCCGUGCGAUAUGGUGACAUGACCUACGACGCCACCUACCCUCACGCCAACGGUCAUCCUAGCGCACGACUCCAGGACGUGUACCAGCCUCCCAACCAAACUGUCAUGGCGGCCACAUCUACAUAUCUCGAUCGCUCCAUGCUACCCUCCCUCAACGUCUUCACGCACCAGAGAAGAGUGGAGUCAGCGCCCACCACGGCCUGCACUACGGAUGGACACGGGGCCGCCGGCUGGCCCUCCUAUACCCCUCCCGGUACUGCUACCUCUCUUACCACCAGCACUGGCACCGGGCCACUAGGUAGCAUACGCGGAUCACCAGAGUUCUCGAACGUUUUGCCCACCUACAAGCCGCACACUGAUGAAAGCUACUAUCACGGUGGCGGCGAGCUCGACCACUUUACUUACAACGUACCAAUAGCUCCAUCACACCCUUCGAGCAUUCCUGCCUCCAUGAACGCCUUCUCCCAUCGCAACUCCCCCAAUAUCGAGGGGCAUUCAUCGAUGCCUACCGUCGACAUGGGCAACUAUUCCAUCUCUUCACAGCCCUUCAAUGCUACCGGGGGUACACUUCACGUUUCAUCAGGAAACGACUAUGGAUCGUGUCCGCAGUUUGGGGACAACUGCAACGGAUCGUAUCAUUGA